UUUCUUACUGGUCCCAUGCUCCUCAGACAAGACAUCAAAACAUCCUCCGUUUCCGACCGAUCUAGAGAAAAACAUUUUGAGGGCUGAGAGCAAGAGAUUAGAUAAGAAAAAUGGAAGGAUGGGAUCCGAGCACGAAGUCUACGUUAACGCGAAUCCCGCUUCUGACGACAAAGGCGGGACCAAGAGACGGCGACGCAUGGAAACAGAGGCUUAAAGAAGAGUACAAGUCUCUGAUCGCAUACACACAGAUGAACAAGUCCAACGACAACGACUGGUUCCGCAUCUCCGCAUCCAAUCCCGAAGGCACUCGCUGGACUGGCAAGUGCUGGUAUGUUCACAACCUCCUCAAAUACAAAUUCGAUCUCCAGUUCGAUAUCCCUGUCACUUACCCUGCCACUGCUCCCGAGCUCGAGCUCCCUGAGAUUGACGGCAAAACUCAAAAGAUGUAUCGAGGUGGGAAGAUUUGCUUGACUGUGCAUUUCAAGCCGCUCUGGGCUAAAAACUGUCCUAGGUUUGGUAUAGCACAUGCACUUUGUUUGGGGCUUGCUCCGUGGCUUGCUGCAGAGAUUCCAAUCCUUGUGGACUCCGGCAUGAUUAAGCACAAAGAUGACGCAGCCUCAUCUGCAGAAUUCUAGACCUCUCUAUCUGUGUCAGAGUCUGAGGUGUUAUCAGUAAUAGCUUAACUCAGGAAUGAUUGAGGUGGAUGCGUCUGCUAUAUACAACGUUUACAUGAAAAAAAAAACAAUAAAGAUUUUGAGCUAUUGCAUUGUUUUUCUUCAAAUACUUAUACAACUUGAGAGUAUUUGAUGUUUGUUCAUACUUUGGAACUGGUUCGUGCAAGGUGUGGAUAUUCUAUUACGAACCUUUUUACAUGGGAUUGCUUAUAAAGUUGAGGUCUGCUCUA